AUGGCUGACAAUUUGAGGUUGAAUUCAGGAACACUGGAUGUAGAGUAUAUUAAAAGCUUACCAGGUUUAUUGAAAGUUGCUGAAAUUGUAAGUAUCAAAACUUAUGUCUUAAAAAACACAAUAAUACUGUUUACAUCACUGAUGUUACAGUUUUUAAAAAACUGCUAUAAUAAUAAUGCCAUUUUACAGCAGAUCAUAGGGUCAAAGAAGAAGCAAGACAAGACACAUGCAUUCAUCUAGAUUUUUAUGAUUAUGUAUACAGCUAUUUCGAGAAAGGUUGUCGGGAAAAGUGUACGCGACAAUUCCGAAAGGUGUUGUGGAUGGUUUUGAGCUCACUGUUGUUCAAAGAAAUUUGAAAGAAGGGCAGGAGAGGCCAUGGACAUAUGUUUGUGAGUGCUAAAGGAAAGCAACAAAAGUAGGUUCGACGGCUACUGUGUCAGGAACAGUGUAUUGAUCAUAUCCCAUGUUACCUUUCGGGAUUGUCGUGUGCACAUUGUUUCUGACAACCUUUCUUGAAAUUGCUGUAGUUGGCAGAAGCUAUACACUUGAGUGCUAUGCUUCUUGGGAGACUGAAAAACUAUGCUGAAAAUAUAGUCGAACCUUUGUUUAGCAGCCACCCUUAGGGAUACAGGGAAUUGGCUGCUUAAUGGAGGUUGGCCACUCAGUAGAUGUUCAUCAUAAUAAAGGCAUAAUCUUAAGUAAAAACAUCACUUUAUUUUGGAUCAAACACACGAUGGGUUCAGCAUUACUAGUCCACAAUCAGAUGUCACCUUCUAUAUAUCUUGGUCUGUAUUUUCCUUCAUUAUAUUUUCAAAAUAAAGCCAUUUGAACUAAGUGUAUCAAGUGCUUAAUGGCCACUUCAAUAAUAAAGUUGACAACAAUAGUAGAAUUUUCUUUAGGAUGGCCAAUGGGUGGCUAGCUGCGACCACCUUAAUGGGGAUGCUUGCUUAAAAGAGAGGGCUAAUUACGUUACAAUAUUAUUCCUUUCUACAAAGUUUUCAGGACUUUGAUUACUGGUCGUCUAUCCUAGGACCUCUUAUGUUCAGUCUCUACAUGAACGACCUACCGUCCGUUGUUAAGUUUUCAAGUGUAGAGUCAUAUGUUGACGACACAAAAGUUUAUCUUUCGUGUUCAUCCGAAAACAUUGACUCCUGCAUUGCAAACGUCUCGGAAGAUCUCCGACUUAUUGCCUCUUGGUGCUGUACGAAUAAGUUGCUUAUUAAUCCAGACAAAACUAAACUUAUUCUCUUUGGAACGAAAUAGCUUUUAAGUAAGGUACCUGACAUUAGAGUCCCUUUUCUUGGGCAACAUUUAAUUCCUGUGUCCUCAGUCAAAGACCUGGGUAUAAUUUUGGACUCGAACCUUACUUUUAAUGAACAUGUUAACACUCUGACCUCGUCUCUUAUUUCUAUCUUAUGCCAGAUAAACAGAGUUAGGCACCUGUUUUCUAAAUCAGUACUCACUACCAUUCUGAACUGUCUUGUUUUUUGUAAACUUUUUUAUUGCUCGACAGUCUGGUCUGGAACGUUUGUGCACAACAUAAACAAACUGCAACUCGUACAAAACUUACGCCGCCCGUGUGUUGACUAACACCAAGAAGUUUGAUCACAUCUCACCAGUGCUGCGUGCAUUGUGUUGGCCUUCUGUUAAGAAUCAGUUACUAGUGCGUGAUGUUACGAUGCUAUACAAAAUAGUUAAUGGCCUUGCACCACCAUAUUUAGAGUUUUAUGUCAACAAAAGAUCAGCUAUCCACAGCUACAAUACUAGAUCUAGGGACAAUUUAGUCGCACCGCUUUGUAGGACAGCCACAGCACAGAGGUCCUUUAGUUACAGAGCAAUCACUGCUUGGAAUUCUCUUAUAAGUGAAGAAACAAAAAAUAGUGCAACACUCUCAGUUUUUUUAAAGCGGCAGCAGUAAAGCGAAAUAUAUAAUAGUUCGUAGUAAAUUUUUUAGGUUUAGCAUUUUUAGAAUAGGUUAAUUUAUUUAUUUGAAUUAGUUUUUUUUUUUUUUUUUUUUUUUUCUCAUGAUAUUAUUGUAAUUUUUAUAAGUCGUUUUUAUUCGAUUUCCAAUUAUUGUAAAUUAAAUCGGAAGAGCCACUGGCUGGAGAUUUAAUAAAUUUACUACUACUACUACUAGAGGGUGGCUGCUAAAUGGAUCAGGUUCAACAGUAACUGUCAUGUAUAACCAGCAGUGAUUCUGUUAUCUUUCAGCUUUGUCUCCUUAUUGCUUUUGCAUCACUUUCUGGAUUUACUUUACACUUCAAAGAUGACUUGUAUGGUGGCAGAUUUGAUUUCUUUUACUUCGCGACUAUUACACCAUGGUUACUGGUCAUCAUAAUUUAUGUACUUUUUGCUUUGAGGCUGCAUGAGAGACUUGCCAAUAUCAACUGGGACUUUGUUGUAAGUACAAGUGAGAUUAAAAGUUUUUUUUUGGUCAUGUCUUUAUUAUUUGUUUAAGGAAAAAUUACAUGCUAAACUAGUAACUCAAAUUACUUUUGAACAAGGCAAAAAACAAUAAAAAUUAAAAAGCUUAAUGAGUGAACACCUUAAAAUUCUGUGUACAAUAUACCAGUAAACAUCAUGUUCAAAACUUACAUUAAAUUACCAUGUUAUAUUUAAAAUAGAGCCCAACGAUAAAGCUUGAAAACUGGCUAUUGCCACCAGGCAGCUACCUGCACAGAACUCAGGCAAGUAUGUGAAUGUUCUUUCUCAUUAGUUGCCUGAGGUGAAGAGAAAGAUACAGCGGUCAGCGUAGGAGAUCUUGUAGCCUGUGCCAGCCUCAGAUAGUAUAAAGGCAAAAUACAUGAGUGGAAAACUGAUAAAAGCAGACUGACUACUUGGGAAAGGGCACAAGUGAAAGUCUGGAGAGAGCCUGUUAGUACUUUUGGACCACCCUUCCACUUAUUAUUGUGCGUUUCAGUUUACGUAUUGCGCCGUCUGGAUUAAACUUAUCCAAACUGUUAACACGCCUGAUUGCUUCUACAGUCAUUCAUCAAGAUUUCUUGCGCCUUGAAGCAUUGCACGCGGCCGCGAAACUCCUUGUCGCAUUAACCAAAAUUUAUAAUCUUGAUUGGGUAUCCUGAGAACAUCCGUUUUGGCUCUAGUUUAUCCGCUUAAUAGUUUAAAGGUACAAAUGCCUCUGUUGGGUAGGUUAUGCCUGAAGGUUUUACAUUGUCACUGAGCAAUGUGACUUAACCGAGGCUGCAUGGCAUACUAUCAUGUAUGCUUUCUUUGUUUUGGUCGGCAGGAUUUGCCUUCUUUACAGGGCGGCUUUUACCCCAAAUUGAAAGGCAUACUUUUUAUUGCGGGUUUGUUGCGCUUCAAUUUUCUCCAGUGCUCGGUCUAAUUAACUAACUGAUUUUCUCAGUCCAGGAAUUAAUGUAACAUUUUCUACACGUUGUAUCACGCCAAUUCAGCUCACAAGCUUUGCACGCAGUUAAAUUAUCACGGGAUGCGCCAGCGGGGAUUUACAGAUCCAGAAUUAUAAGAAGAAUGAAGUAGCUUGAACUGUUACAUCAACUAAGGAGAAUUGCAUUGUGACUUAGUAAACCCAGCUUUAACAGUGUUUCUCCUAAAAUAGUGUGAGUCUUGACCAGAGCGCCGUAGUUUCUCCCUUUUGUAAUUGCGGAAUGCUUUCAAUGUCUUUGGACUGUUUUUGUUGGUCAAGCACUUCCGUGAUCGUCCAGGACCACCAUCGAAAACACCUCAAGACUCCUCUUCUCUCUCGCCGCAGUUCGCCCCUCCCUCUCCACUGAUGCCAAAUAGUCAUGUCGGAGAUCUUAUUGACUAGCAUGCAAUCAUCAUAUUUUUUAGUUUGAAAAGAUAUAUAUCUGUAUUUGCACUUAUAGUAGCAUGGUAGAAAUUAAGUAGUUAUUUGUGUAUCCUUUAAUACAAGCACCUCUUUGCCAAUUUUCCAUGGUGUAUGAACAAAUAAGGUUAGUUUGUAUUUGCAUACUUUUUGCGACUAAAAUACAUGACAUUUGUACAUUAAUUUUAAAACGUAAUGAAUGUUCAUAUGUUUCCAACAGAUGACCAUUUUCUCCCCUGUUGUGGCAUUUUUGUUACUUGUUUCCUCUGCACUUGUCCUGGAUGUCGCCAUUUAUUUUAGACGAAAUGAAAAGGAGUUCAACGAUAAAGUUUUCCUGAUUUGUGAAAAAGAACCCUGUGGCAAUGUCGAAGCAGCUGGAGUAAGUAUCACUUUUAUAGCCCUGCUGUCACCAAGAUUUCAGUUGCUGGCCAAAAUACCACAAGUCCUGGUGUAGGUGGGGAAUAAAAAAGCCAAGGAUUUCUUUUGGUUCUAUAGUCCUUCUCUCAGUUCUUAUGAAAGGAGCCGGGCCUCACCUUCAUAGUAACUGGGGGUGAUCCCCAGUGCCACUCCCCCCCCCUUUAACGACAGCCCUGGAUAUUACAACAUGUACAGCUGUAGGUGACUCUAUCUUAAUGUACACCUUCUUAAACCUUUCACUGCCAAAUUUUGACCAAAUUUCGAAAUUUCAUUUUGUGAAAUUUUGAAAAACAAAUAGCACCAUGUGUAAGUACAGGCAGAGAGCUUUCAUUUGAAUGGUCACAUCGUAGGAUUUGGUCUGCAGACUCAAAAGUUAGACUCACCUCACAAAACUCCAUCAGGCACUCUGGCAGUGAAAGGGUUAAAUCAGACACCUCUGUUGCUUCCUGCUAUUACUCCCUCCCUGUUAUUCUUCAGUCAUUUUCUUUGACUUCUUUGACUCUUUGUAAGAUGGGCAUUGCCCUGAAACGGGCACCUAGAGACCAUGAGUUGCUGCCUCCUGCUCUUUAGCCAUUGUCUUUUACUCUCUGUAAGAUGUUAUAAACGAAAUAUAUAACAGAAAAAUGUUAAGGAAGCCCUAAGAAACAAGGACACUUAAACAGCACAGGCUGCCUUUGAAGUAAUGUUAAAUUGCUAGAGAAAUGGAGUGGUAGUAGUGUCGAGAUAGGUGAAAAUAACAAAAUAGUGAUAAUAAGCAAGAGAGAGAAAAAAAAUGAAAAAGGGAGAGAAAAAGUAAAACAAAAAAGGGAAACAGAGAAGGGUAGAAAUAUUAUGUAUGUAAGAGGGGUUUUCUCUGCAUUUAACAGUUGUUCUUCGGAGUAAAAUUUAUAAAAAAAAGUUACAAAGAAAUAUUCAACUCCAACAAAUUUCUUGAAAGUUACACAGAGCAGUCAGAACCCAUCUGAAUUCCUUUGUCAGUGACGUUUGCUGUUAUUUGCCGCCUCCUUUGUAAGCAUCACUGAUAAAGGUAUCCAGACAGGCUCUGAAAGAUCUGCAUAACUUUUAAGAAAUUUGUUGCUGUUGAUUUUGAGUUUGUAUGAAAUAUGCCCGAAGGACAUUUGUUUGAUUUUGAAUAGUCCAAUAGCUGAAUCUUCAUUCUUUCUUUAACCCUUUAAGGCCCAAGAUCAACAUACACAUUCUCCAGACUGGCCUGCACACAUUUCUUCAAAAUUGGUGGAGAGAAUUUGUUAAACGAUCAAAGCAUAUUCCCUUUUAAUUAGCAAUCAUUUUAUUAAUUCUCACAACCGUAACUCUUGUUGAUCUGCUGAUGUUGUUGGGAGAAAAUCGGUGUUGGUCACUCUUGUGACUUCAGUGGUUAACAAAAAAUAAUGAUUUUCUUUCUCUAGUCCUUUGGUAUCCUUUCCAUGGUACUGUUUGCUGUCGAUACUUUCCUGUAUUUCAUGAAGAACAGGAACACGGGCUCAGCAAAGCCUCCGCCAGGAUAUGAUGGAGAAAACAUCGACGAAGUGUCAGAGACUACGGAAAAACCAGCGUAUUAAUAUUAAGAUGGUUAUACAAGUCUGUUUCCCUUGAUAAUUUAUAUAAAACUAGUAGUUUUACUUUUUGAAAAUUGUGGGUUCAUGUCACCUGAAUACAGAAUCCACAAUGAAACGUGAUCGUCCUUUUAUUUACAAAUGUAGAAAGUUGUUAUUCUUGUGACACCAGUAAAGUAAUCCAGAAUACAGGAAAGUUUUUCUUGUGGAAUCUGGAACCCGUACUAAUGAUUAGAAUCCAGAAUCCAGAAUCCAGGUACUGAAUUCUGGAAUCCAUGGUGCAAAAUCAAAAAUCCACUGCAUGGAAUCCAGCAUCUAAAAAUUAAUGUCUUAGAUUACCUUACUUAAGACGAUUUGUGAAGCUUAUUGUUCCUCUUUUGUUAAUAUUUGAACCUUGUUUGGGGUCAUCCUCAGUGUAAAACCUGUGAAGUUUUUCUUUAUUUUUUAGCUCUUAUUAUCCUUGGCUCUAGUGUGUUGACUUCUUACUGGCUUCUUUUUAUUAAUUAUCUUAUGUCAUUCAUGAGGUUCUCACAGGUUUUUACACCGAGUAUGAGCCCUGUUGGCCUACAAAGUUGUGUUUAGUCUCAAUUUCAGGGUCAUCACCUAGCAAGGAGCAAUGCGGAGUCGAUUGAGGAAAAAGCUUCAAGGCUUUUUAGGAAUUUUAUUUAAUAAGACGUAAAGCGCAUCGUUAAAAUUCUCGUAAAAUGAAUCUGCUCUCGAAAUUUUUAAGUUGAUGUGAGAAUAGUAAAAAGAACAUUACUUAAUCCGUUCAUCACUAUUUCCGGUAACCCCAAGCCUGAAAUAAAUAUUUAAUUAGCUUUCUCAUGUCACGGCCAGAGAGCCAGAGAGGUACCUAAGUCUUUUUUGACAGCUCUUGUUCCUUAAUCCUUGCUUGAAUGUAAGACGGACGGGCUUUUACUAUAACCAAGCAAAUUUUUGGUCAGCCUCAAACGCUCUAAAAUGGUGAACUGCGCCGAUUUGGGUCGUGAGUACUUCCGUAAUGAGUUUUGAAGUAAAAAAAAAGUCUUUAAUAGGUCUCGUUAAGUAAAUAGGAUUUCUUUAAUGAGGAGGCAGUUCCAAUUUUAGGAAAUGGGUGCCAGUGGUAGCUUAAAUAAUAUGAAUAUCGAGGUUUGUGUCUUGAGUGAAAGAUGAAUGGAUCAUACGUGAUCAGACACUCAGCAAUUCCAUCAAAAUGUCCAAGUUCUUCUAACAUUACUGGAUUAUGCUGGCGGGUCAUUUGGUUUCCGCGAACGAGUUGAUGAAGUCUUUACUUCCUGUUCAAAACGGCGAGUCUGUCUGACCACGUGAACUCUUGGUACCAGGCCUUCUACACAAACGUUUCUCUGGCUUGUCACGCACUCUUUCUCACCGGAAUAGAGGAUAUUUGCGUGACAAGUCAGAGGAACGUCUGCAUAGCUAAGAUGCUACGCCAAAUGCGACAAGUGAGCUUGUCAAUAGGCUUUUAAUAUUAUUUAAUUGGAAUUUUGUUGAGGUAAUGAAGGAGGCUGCGCUGUCCGCUGAGAAGAAUAACGUCAUUAGGCGUGGUAAGCAGAGUUGAAGUGUCAAAAGGGAGGCAGGAAGGGUGGUAAGGUUGCCGUUUCUCCCUAGCAGGGAGGGGUGGGGAAAACUCGUCGGGCUUGCUUCUACUCAAGGUUGUCACCAGCAAGCUGUAAGGGAUGGACCAUUAAAAAAAUGACUGACAUGUGGUAGGCAAAAGCAAUAAAAUGAAACAUUUUUCUCAGUAAAUAAUUAAGAAAACAAAAUGCUGGUCAAGUGAAAAAGAAAACGAUUGACAUCUCUGUGGCAGACUACCUUCAAUGUUUGAAAAAAUUCCUGUGUCCCCCAAUAUUCCAUCCCCCUUCAAUUUUCCAAUGGUCCUUCCCUUAGUAUCAUAAUACUAUAACUUUAGCAACAUACUAUAACUGUAAAUUGCCAUAUUUCAAUAUUGCAAGUUUAGUUUAUUGAGUACAAACAUACCGUAUUUUAAACUUAAAUAAUUGACGCAGAGAACAGCCAAAAUAUAAAUGAGCGCUGCAUCCCAACAAUGGGUGCAUUUAACCCUUUAAGCCCUAAGAGUGAUCAGCAUCAAAUUUCUCCUUGUAAUAGCAAUGCUGUGUAGACAGAGUGGUCAUGAGAAUUACAGACAUGAUCACACAAGAUGAAUUUGCUUGAUAUUUUAUCAACUUCUCCCCACUACUUCUGUAAGCAAAAACUAGGUGCAACAAAUGAGAAUUUAAAUUUUGAUCUUAGGAUUUAAAGGGUUAAACACUGAAAAAUUUUGUUUUCCUGCAGAGGUGAUAUAGGCUCAUUAAUUUUAAGCUAGAUAUAUGUACGGGCCAUGAUUGACUAUCAGAGUAGGUAUGUCUUGUUUUCCCUUUCUUUUAACUUGAGAAACCGGUUUUAAAAUUGUUAUUUAUGCAUUUCUUUUUGUGAAUAAUUUGAUGGUUUCAAGCUAAAAGACUAAGCGUUAACAGUCUAUAAAAUUCUGAUGUGUGCUUUCUUUUCUGUCGUUUAUGUAGCCGCAAGGCA